AUGGACGCCUCCUCCCUCCGCAUCUCCAAGUUCGAUGGAACUAACUUCCACGCCUGGAAGUUCAAGAUGCAGAUGGUGCUGGAGGAACGGGACCUAUGGGAGGUCGUCAGCGGUGAGAUCAAGGCGGAACAGUGCGAGACUCAGUUGGACCAAGCGACGUACAAGAGGAAGUCAAGAAAGGCGAUGGCAGUGAUCUGUCUAGCCAUGGAAGAUUCCCAGCUACCGUUGGUCCGGUCGGCAAGUGGUGCAUGCGACGCAUGGUCAAGGUUGGAAGACCACUUCGAGAAGAAGAGUCUUGCCAACAAGCUGUUCUUGCGCCGUCGCUUCUUCACGACAAUGAUGGAAGAAGGCGACGAUGUGCUCGAACACAUCAACAAGCUCAAGACGCUGGCGGAACAGCUAGAAGCGGUGGGGGCUCCAGUCUGCGAGGACGAUCUGGUGAUCACACUCCUCGGCAGCCUGAGUGACUCGUAUCAAUUCUUGAUCACAGCUUUGGAGUCGCGCUCAGACACUCUUAGCUGGGAGCUCGUGACGUCUCGACUGCUUCAUGAAGAAAUGAAGCGGAAGGAGCAAGGAAGUAAAGGUGAUGAAGCUUCGCAAGGUCAAGCGUUCAUCACAAGGGACAAUCAGCGCAAAGGGCGACCAGUGAAGAAGUCCUGGCCGUGCCACAAUUGCGGAAAGAUUGGUCACUGGAUGGCGGAGUGCCCCUCGCGCAUCCAAGAAAACACGGAGAGACACCGGCCACAGCGUGCUCAAGACAGCGGCGACCGCUAUCGAUCACAACGUGCAAACGUCGCUCAAGAAGAAGACUCGGGCGACUACCUCUUUUCGAUCGGUGAAACGACAUCUGCGAAAUCGAGCGACAUCUGGCUGGUCGACUCCGGGGCGACGCAGCACAUGACGUGCUCCAAGAAGUUCAUGCGGAACUACAAGGGGUUUGACGCUGUGGAUGUCCAUCUCGCGGAUGAUGGAAUCGUCCAAGCAAUCGGCAGUGGGGACAUUGUCAUGUCGAUGAAGACACCCCAAGGGAUGAAGAAAGGUGUGCUCACAAACGUGUGGCACAUCCCAAAGUUAUCCAGAAACCUGUUCUCGGUCGGCCGCUUCACCAAGGAUGUCGGCCCAGUGACGUUCACGAAGGAUGGGUGCUAUGGAGAAGCGAAAGGGACCAAGUGGAAAAUUGGUGCCCGUGAAGGUAAAGGACUGUUCAAGCUGCAAAUGACUCCAGUGGCGCCGGAACAAGCAAAUGCAGCCAAGUCGUCGGGAUGUCAAGGGGGCACCAAGUCGUACCUCUGGCACCUUCGGCUUGGCCACAUAGGUCACGAUGGACUCAAUUGCAUCGUGACGAAGAACAUUGGAAUUGGCAUCGACAUAUCUUCGGUGAAGAAGUGGGACGUGUGUGAAGGUUGUGCUCUGGGAAAACAGACUCGAGUGCGCUUCCAAUCAAACACUACAGCUCGCACCUCCAAACUCCUCGAAGUGAUUCACAGCGACGUAUGCGGACCGAUGUCGAUGGCAACUUUCAGUGGAAAACGGUACUUCGUGACAUUCAUUGAUGACAAGUCAAGAUACUGUGUCGUCUAUCUGCUCAAGAGCAAAUCUGAAGUUGCGGCGAAGUUCAUGGAAUACGCUGCGAUGGCCGAAACGCAAACCGGAAAGCGCGUGAAGUACCUUCAAAGCGACAAUGGGGGUGAAUACAAGUCCGACAAGCUGGCACGAUUCUGCGCGGAACGGGGAAUACAACAAAGGUUCACACCCCCAUAUACUCCUCAGCUAAACGGAGUAGCUGAGAGAAUGAAUCGCACGCUGGUCGAGUGUGCGCGUUGCAUGAUGGAACACGCUGGACUGGGAAAGAGCUACUGGGACAAGUCUCCAUAUCAAGUGUGGACGAUGAAGAAACCGAUUCUGGCCAACCUUAAAGUGUUUGGAUGCCACGCGUAUGUUCAAGUGCCUCAAGACAAACGCGCGAAGUUCGACUCCAAGUCAUCACUCUGUCGUUUCCUGGGAUACGCCGAACACCAGAAGUCAUAUCGAUUUGAGGAAGUGUCAACAGGAGCGAUCAAGAUCAGUCGCGAUGCCACAUUCAUGGAAGACAAGUUUGAUGAAGGUCCGCGCAACUACAACAAUGAGUCAAGUGUCGUUGAGUUUGAUGAUCAUGAUGAGGACGAAGAAAAAGAAGAAGGUAAAACUGACGACGACAUGGACUCGAGCGACGAUGACAACGAAGACACCAGGUCUUCGAAGAGCAACAUCAAGAGACACACGCGCACUCAAUCACUUGAGAAAGCUACCGUCAUUCCAAGUCCCAAGCGAAGAACAUACAGAGGUCCGUCGCUUGAGCAUGUGUCAGCGGCUGCAAUGGAUUUUGAAGCAGCCUACUGUUGCAUUGUAGAUCGGGGCGAGGAAAGCGGAGCAAACGGAGCGGAGAGACCGAAGAGAGUAGAGUAG